UGAGGGUGGCAAGGGUUGCUAGUUUGGGUAGGAAAAUACAUGAUUGAUCAUGAACGAUACCGACUUGGUAGAGGCCAAGCAGGACGCGCGCUGAGAAGGGUAGUGACGCGUGUUGUAUGUCUGUUGAUGUUGGAAGUCGCGACUAGGCUGACGCCGGUGCUUGGCCAAGAGGGUUCCACCCAGCCACGUGCUAUCAUAUUCCGCAGCGCGACUUUCCAUGGCUGCUUCAGCAGUACACCCCGCUUUGACCUAUGGCCCAAGCGUUAAUCUCUAUAUACCCUCAACUUCUGCAGCGCUCAGUGAGUACACACGUGGUUACAGUCAAGUCUUGGAGCGGAAUUACGUCCUUAUUGGCGCGAGGUUGUCCACGCUUAGUCGUGCUAUCGGCGCCCGAGCAGCUAAUAGCAGCCAUUGCGCGACGUUCGCUUUCCAUUGCAGUGGCUUUCCGCAGGUGUUAGGCUGUACUUGUUCCGACCUGGAAAAACUCAUAGAUGCUUGUCAGCGAAGGGUGAAGUGGCACCAUUGUUGUGUUCAUGUUUGUCUACACUCACAGAUCAUAGGUGCCCCACAUGCGAUCCAGGGAGCUUGGGGCACACUACUUUAUCUAACCUUGGAACUACUGGCAACAGUUGUUCUCCGUCCGGCAUCAUCAUUUCUGGGAAUGAAGUAUCAAUUCAUUUUCCUGUUGUCGCAGCUUGCGCUUGCACCUACAAGUUCUCGCUAUUGAGCUCCAAGUCCACCUGGUGGGGCUAGGUAUACUUUGCAGCCCCUGGGCCACUUUUUCGCACAGAUUACCCCAGCUUCGGCAGUGACAAGUUGGACAACAUGGCGCCCAUUGCUCUCCGAAAGUGGUUCGAUACGCCUCUGACAGAACAUAUGCUGUGAACCCAGAUGCCGAUCCUGUUCGACUCACAGUGGAUGCCUACAAUGAGGUCACUCUGACGCCCUCACAUCGCGAAAAGAGUCUCUUAGAUGUGGCUCACGAUUUCUUCAUU